AUGGCGGUUUAUAAUCUGCAGGAGUGCAUGGAGUAUGCUUACACUAAGAGUUCUAUCAGAGCAUCGGUUGCCCUGUCAAAGCUGACGCUGCUCUACUAUCCCGAUAACUACUACGCGGCUGGUAUGGUUUCAGCUCUCUGGAUUCGACUCGAUGAGGAUGAGGAGGUUUAUGGAUUCAUUAAAUCCUGGUAUCUCUGGGAGGAAUCUGAAGACCACCCUCUUGGGCAAAUAGCACCAACACCCAUUGAGAGCCCCGAUAUUCUUGAGGAUGUUGAUUACUUUCUGGACAUAGAGGCUAGGUUUAUGGAUUUGACAGACACCAUCACCUUCCUUCUCUCUUUGACUCUGUUGAAAAUCAAGAUUCUGCUCGAUCUCAAAGAUCUACAUCAAGCCCGACAAGCUGUUGGGCCGAAGGUCCCCCAGGAGGUACUGGACCAAAUCCUAGUAAAUAUCCCCCGAAGCUCGGCAAUCAAGGCCAAUCGGCGUAUUAUGAGCAGCCCCGAUCUGUCUGCCGAAAUCGCAAGACUGGAUGCCCAAAUCGACACCCUAUACAAAAAAAUUCAUCAGACGAACUUCUUCUGGUGGCGAACUUUGGUAGAUAGACCAGAGGAUGCCAUUGAGGCUGUCGUGAACAGAUCGCACAAUGGUGCUAGACCAGAAUUCGGGAGUCCACUCGAGGCCGCCAUCUGGAUCACACAGCGAGGCCAGCGUUUUUGCUGGAUUGAAACACCAGGAGUCUUGGAUUUCCUGAGGGAGAAGAACUCGGAAAACCCUCUUCCCAGUUUGAGCGAGGUCCACCGGGUCUACGGAAGACGUGCAGAUCAGUUGGUUGUGGCUUUGUAUAACCUCUAG